UUGUCUCCUUUCCUCUUUCUCCAUUUUCCAUUUAUACCCUGCUUCACCCACAAGCCACAACCAAAGAUUCUAGUCUACAAACUUGUAGUAUUAACCUUGCAAUGGAAGAAGAAGAAGAAGAAUGCAUGGCAGACAAGAAAAGGACAAAAAACGAGGUUGUUCUGCGAAUUUCCGGCACUGAAGAAGCAGCAGCAGCAGCUUUGUACGAAAACAGAGAUUCUCGAAGCUCCCCAGUUGCUGAAAGCAGUUCUCAUCACUCUCCUCAGCUCAAUGCCCAGAUGGGUCAAGUUUCCACUGAGAUGGUCACAACUACUCGCAGGUUGUUGGGUCGGUCGGAGUUUUCCAAGCCCAAGUCGAGAAUGGUGGAAGCUGUUUCUCCAAGGGGUGUUUCUGAUGCAACUCUUGUCACCCCAGGAACCCCUUUGAUUGGGACUCCAAAGGAAGAAGAAGAGGAAGAUGAUGAUGAUGAUGAAGUGUACAAGACUGCACAUGUUGAAGUGAGUAAGAGAUCUGGUAAGAAGUGGAAACUUAUGGGUUUGACUGAGUGGUUUGCUUUUGUUUGCAUUCUGGGGUUUUUUAUAGCAAGCUUGGUGGUUCAUAAGUUGAAACAUAAGGAAAUUUGGGGUUUGGGACUGUGGAAGUUGUGUCUAUUGGCACUGGUUGUCCUCUGUGGUAGAAUGGUUACUGAGUGGUUCAUCAAUUUUUUGGUUUUCUUGAUGGAAAGGAACUUCUUGUUUAAGAAGAAGGUUUUGUAUUUUGUUUAUGGUGUGAAGAAGAGUGUUCUGGCCUUUAUAUGGUUGAGUUUGGUUCUUUUGGCAUGGGGUCUACUUUUGGACAAUGGAGUCAAGAGAACCAGAAAAGUUAGAAGGAUUCUUAAUUAUAUUACUAGGGCCCUUGCCUCUUGUCUUAUUGGAGCAGCUAUAUGGUUAGCAAAAACAUUCUUCAUAAAGUUGUUAUCAUCAAAUUUCCAAUCUACUAGAUUUUUUGACAGGGUGCAAGAAUCUAUUUUUCAUCAGUACAUUCUUAGAACCCUUUCAGGCCCUCCACUGAUGGAGAUGACUGGAACAGUAGGCAAGACUUCAAGUAGUGGCAGACUCAGUUUUAGGACCUUGAUUAGAGAUAAUAAGAAUGAAGGGAAGAAAGAACAAGUCAUUGAUGUGGAUAGGCUGAAGAAAAUGAAACAAGAGAAAGUUUCUGCUUGGACCAUGAAAGGGCUGAUUAAUGUGAUUAGGAGUUCUGGGUUGUCUACCAUCUCCUAUACACCAGGGAGUUUCUACGAAGAUGAGAGUGACCAGAAAGAUAAUGAAAUUUGUAGUGAGUGGGAGGCGAAGGCUGCUGCUUAUCGAAUUUUCAGGAAUGUAGCCAAGCCAGGAAACAAGUACAUUGAGAAGGAAGACCUCUUGCGCUUCAUGAAAAAUGAAGAAGUGGAAAAUGUGCUUCCACUGUUUGAAGGGGCAGUUGAGACUGGAAGAAUUAAGAGGAAGUCUCUUAAGAACUGGCUGGUGAAAGUCUACCUUGAACGUAGAUCACUUGUGCAUUCCCUAAAUGAUACCAAAACAGCUGUUGAGGACUUGAAUAAGAUUGCUUCUGUAAUCGUCCUUGUUGUGAUCAUCAUCGUGUGGUUACUCUUAAUGGGAUUCUUAACAACACAAGUUCUUGUUUUUAUUUCAUCCCAGCUUUUACUUGUGGUGUUUAUGUUUGGCAACACAGCUAAGACUGUAUUUGAAGCUAUUAUAUUUGUUUUUGUGAUGCACCCGUAUGAUGUUGGCGAUCGUUGUGUCAUUGAUGGCGUUCAGAUGAUUGUAGAAGAGAUGAACAUUCUGACUACAGUCUUUCUGAGAUAUGACAAUGAAAAGAUAUUUUACCCAAAUUCUGUUCUGUCAACCAAGCCAAUCAGCAACUUCUACAGGAGUCCAGAAAUGUGUGAUACGGUUGAAUUUGCUGUGGAUUUUUCUACUUCAAUAGAAAGAAUUGGAGCUUUAAAGGCUAAGUUAAAAGCGUACUUGGAGAGUAGGCCUCAACACUGGCGUCCGAACCACAGUGUAAUAGUUAAGGAUAUUGAGAACGUAAACAAGAUGAAAAUGGCUCUAUAUGUUACUCACACCAUCAAUUUUCAGAACUAUGUGGAUAAGAACAGCCGAAGAUCUGAAUUAGUCCUGGAGUUAAAGAAAAAUCUUGAAGAUCUAAGUAUUAAAUAUCAUCUGCUACCACAAGAAGUUCAUCUCAGUUAUGUAAGAUCAGAAGACUCAACGGUACAAAUAGAAAGAGUUUGAAUUGAAGAUGAGGAGUCCGAGGGUGACUUUUGAUAAUGGUUCAUCUCAGUUAUGUAGCUCAAAUUUUCUGUGUUAGUCCUUGACUUAUAAUAGUGUAAAAUCUCCAACUUUCUUGCAUGACAAUGUGUAAAAUGGUGCCUUCUAAUGUGCACCAGUUUUCAACCAGUGUAAAUGCAAUUCGGGCUGGGCUCUUCCCA